GCAUUUUCUGUACAGAUAUAAAAAUCGAUGAUCUGGAACACCUGAUGUAGACCUAUGAUGGUAUACCUAAACUCAAUGGAAUAUAUAGACAUGACGACUUAAAAAAUUGUUCAGUCUGAUGAGCAUUUUCUGUUGACAUUUAAAAAUCGAAGAACUGGAACAUCUGACUGCAAUAACUGUAAUCUGCUGACCUGUGAUGGUGCAGCUAUACUAUAGGGAAUAUAGAAAUGACGAGUUAACAAAAAUUGUUCAGUCUGAUGAGAGUUUUCGGUAGAGGUAUAAAAUCGAAGAUAUGAACACCUGAAGGAAAGUCAUAAUAGUUCAGCUACACUAUAGAAAAUAUACUUUUUCAGUCUGAUUAGCAUCUUCUGUAUGUAUUGGUAUCGUUACAUUUGUCUGUACAAUUAAAUUUCUCUGAUAAUUUUGACUCCUCACCGAAAAUUGUUCGGCCACGCGAACGAAGUCGCAGACAUCAGCUAGUAAUUAAUAUAACCCCGUUUAUAAGUACAUAACUCUAACUUACUAACCAAAAAAUGAUAAAGGUAUUUGAAGAAGCUAGGUUUUUGUGAUAUUUAAUUAUAUUGUAUGCUCGUCGCAAUAUUUUUGUAAAUAGUAAGUUUUCUCAGUAAUUGAAUUAUUGUAUUGUAUUCAUACGAGAAUUAAGUUAUUCUAAACCUAGUAUUUCAUUAUGUCGGAAAUAGUUUCAAUACAAAAGGUCGCAUUAUGGCCUCUACUAAAAGGAGAGACUGGUACAUCUUUUUAAUCUAAUUAAAGAUUACAUGUACUCCAGAGUACACUCAUUGCAAUAAGUCAUAAAUAUUUAAAUGACUAAUUAGGUGAUACGCUACGUUACAUUCGACAUGUGUAGGUAAAUACCUCCUCAAUUAUUUUCUAUGUUUAAUUAGUACAAAUUUAAUUAUAAAGGCUAGCUUAUUGUUAAAUGUAUACGAGUAUGUGUGGUAUGUGUGGCGAGUGACGCAUGAAAACACAAACAUCAAAACAAUUGUAUUAUUGUUAACAUAAUUAAAUGCCAUAGAAACUGAGACCGAUAAGGAGCGAUGGAGUCUGCAACUUAUUGUCCUGUGGCCUGUGACGCUGAAUGCUGUCUGGAAGAUGAACUGGUUUUUUAUAUUACUUCUUAGUGCGGGCGGAACGUUCUGCUGUCAAAUUUUGGAUCAGUUCAACUACAAGAUAAUCUAUUACAAGGAGAAUGAGAUGCUGAACCUGACCAUCGAAGACGGGUCCUUCCCACCCGACGUGGAGGUCACGAGCAUAACAGGCUCUUGCCGGAAUCAGGUAUCCAGACUGUUACCAGACCAGUUCUUUGAUGCCAAAUUGAAGAAAUACAAACAUGUGAAGCAGAUGAAUGUGCCGAUGAGCCGCGCCAUGGCAGAUUGCGUAUACUACGUGACGAUGCGGUCGGCUAGCGGGUGCUUGGUGAGGCCGGUGGCGAUGCUGCAGCUGCAGCCGGGGCUGGCCGCCUGCCGCUGCUCUGUGGAGGUACACAUAGACUGGAUGCAGGAGCUCAAAUCUAUGUACACUAAGGAGCAUCAGAGAUUCUUGUGUGACGCCCAGAAUGUCAUGUGUGAAAUACGCAGCUUCCCAGAGUCUGGCACGGUAUUAACGUCUGUACAAAAAAGUGAAGAUACUAAAUAUACACGAACAAUAGUCUUUCGACUAAAAAAUGAAGAUAUCUCUCAAGACAAAUCUACCUUUGUUUGUCAAGACAACACCUUCACCAUAAAUGGACGACUUAUUAAAAUCGACUCAAACACUACAAGAACUAAAAUAUAUUACAAUAUUGAUGACGAAUAUAUCGCGACGUGCAACGGUUCUAACAUACACUGGAUCUUAGAAACAAAUUAUAUAAUUAGUUAUAAUUAUAAAGAAUUAGUAGUGAAUGGAACAUUUUCGAAGAAGUUAAGAAAAGAAGAUGACCAGAUGAAAUUGAUUUGCAUUGACGUUAACUGCGAUGAUUUCGAAAUUGAUGAUACGUGUUACAAGAAUAUAUUGAACGAGGUUACUUUUCAUUUGAACAGUGCAGUAAGUUAUUAUUGGGUAUUGGCAUCAUCAUCAGUUGCGGCAUUGUCGUUGCUGGUGCUCGUGGCGUGUGUCUGGUGCAGAUGCAGACGCAGCAAGGCUGCAAUGGACAUGAGCCGGCGCCCGCGCAUGGCGACCCCGCCACCGGAGCGCCCGCCCCGAAGGCAGCUUUACUACUCCGUGCCAUUCGAGAGGCCCAUUCCGGGGCCCAGGCGCGAUUAAAAUGCCUUCCAUUUUGAUGAGUUUUUUUAUUGACUAGGUGACGUGGCGAUAGAAGUGGCAGUGAGACUGAUGCACACUGCUGCCUAAAGCUUUACAGCAAACAGAUUGGUGUAGUGCAAACAUGGAUCUAGGAACCUGGGGGAAACAAUCACAGUAUAUGUAUAACAUUAUCAUCAAUAUUAAACAAUGCCUGACAUGGUUUUGAAGAACCAAAUAGAUACAAAUCCGGUACGUAGCUGUUUUAUUUGGAUAAUUUUUAUUCAUGCUGUAUGUGAACGAAACCUGACAUGACAAUAGAUUCAAACAUUUUUGUAUUUAAGUUUGAUCAAAAUAAAAAUUAUGUCAAUCAGUUUAUUUAUUUAUACGAAAUAUUAUUCCUACUUUAAUUUAUAGGUAUGUGGGGGAACACCGCUCAUAGUUUCUCGGUGUUGCCAGAAGCCUCUCUUUAUGACUGCUUGAUUUUAGGGAAAGAAAAUAGCAAAUUAGAUUCUUAUUCGUUAUUUGAACAUAGACAUUUCGUUAUUACUAUCAAUCGUAUUUCAACGUCCUUGUUACCUACCUUUGUAAACCCAGACUACAAUAUAGAAAAAGCCUUGACAUUCACGAUCUUUUUCAAAUUGCUCUGGGUCUAUGACGUUUAUCUCUUUAUUUAUUUAUAUAUUUUUAAGGAGAACCAACAGCUGUGCUGAAGAAUUAAUUAGUGAUGUUGAAGAAUAGCCUUCGAUGUACGCAUUCGCUAGUUGCACUUAAAAUGCACAGAAAUGCGCGAAAUAUCUUAUUCUAAAGCAGCACUAACGACCUAUAAUGUUCAGUUUGUCAAACGGAAAAAAAAAUAUUUUUCAAUAAAUAAUACAAUAAAA